AUGACCGAAGUCGCCGCCUCGAAGAAAUUUGCAUUACUUGCCACGGGCGGCACCAUCGGAACUGAGGCCAAAAACCCUGACGAUGUAGAUUACGGCUCUGUUGGACACGGUGAAUAUGUUACACUCGAUCAACUCCGGAAGAAUACCGGGAUCGAUGAAGUUGCACGAGAGCUCGACGUGGGCAUCCAGCCUGAGGAUUUUGAAUCCAUCGAUAGUACUGCGGUCACCUCCAAAGUUUGGAACGAUAUUGGUCAAAGCAAGCCUUGA